AUGACCCGGCUCUUCUCUCCAAGAAACCCGCGCGAGACAGUUCUGUUCGGAGGUCCAGACCCCAACCGAGAUUCGUUGAUUGAUCUUUUGGAAACGGAUAUGCCGAAGGAGCAGCCUACCAUUUCUGCUGAUUCAGGCUUUGGUGUUUCUGCCAGAGACACAGAGCCGACUCAUUUGCACACCGUGCGGGUUUGGUUUUCUCCUAAUGGGCUUCAAAUUAUGGAAGACAUCAAAAGAAACGGUCUCAACGAUGUGGUUUUUGAUGCCAUUGCUCUUCGAGAGCUUAGCGGUCAGCAUCAAGCCCAUGGCAUCACGAAGGAAGCAUUCCUAGUGGAUCUUGCGGUGCUUAAGGCUGGUAUUCCACGGGUCUUGGGGAAGUAUGGGAUUACACAAUUUGUCCCUCUAAGCAGCGACGAUCCGAUUAUUUUGCAACAACCUGCAGAGGAUCUCGGCUCAAAGAGAGCUCUUUGUUACCAGUACCUGCAUUCCAAAUACCUGCAGGAAUAUGCAAAAAGGUGCAACCUUGCAAAAGUUCUCGGAUAUGAGAUCCACAACGUUCUAAAGGACUGGUACGAGGGACGUCUUGAAGAUAUUUGUAAUCGCUUCAGGAAUCUCGGUUACUGUUGA